AUGUCCUCCACACUCCUACCAUCCACGCACUCCAAGUCGUGGUGGUCUCGGCCGAAGACUUCAAAAGAUGCAUCGCGUCCAAAGCAGACUCAAUCAAUGCCUCACCUUUCGGAAGGCUAUGAGAAAUCGUCGUCUUCAACUUCGACCGGCUCAAUGAGACAGAAGGAACAUCCUUCAAGUCUCAAAUUCCUUACGUUAGGCUCUGCGAUGGGCUUCAAAGCAAAGAAGCUGCCCUCGUUGGCUAUACAGGAUCCUCCCGUUAAUACCCCCUCCCUACCCAAACUCCAUGUCAAAUCCAGUGCUACCGAUACACCAUCCGCUCCUUCAUCCAUUUCCAAUCAUCGAUCACCCGUAAAAUCUCCAACAACCACGCCUUACUCUGAAUAUGACGGCGACGCGAAGUCUGCGAAAACCAUGUCAGAGCCCCGCACUCCUUCGGAUUAUGCCAGAGAUAGGACAUCCUUUCAGCCCUCUGUGCUUACCUUCACGGAGAUAGACCCAUUUGCUGCAGGAAGUGUGGUCAUUCAGCAACCAAACCCCGAGUCAAACAGGCUCUCAGUAUAUUCGGACUCGUCGAUGCUGGAUCCCAGUCGUAAGAGCGGCGACAUCGCAUUCUAUAACCGCAUCUCUUUCGCAUCUUCCUCCUCGAAUUCACAUGGUCAUUCGUCAGACGGCAACUCAGGACGUCUUGUUUCAGCGCGACCUGCAGGUCCUACUAGACUGCGAUCCAACUCUAGCGCAACCUCAGCACGUCGCCGGCAAAAUUCUACGACGAAGCGAGGUGGUGUGCAACAAGAUGCUCAACACGCUGAAUGGCGCCAAAAAGAUGUCACUGAAUCUGCCUCAUCAGUCUCAACGCCUACCUCAGACAGUCAAAAUCGACUGAGUGCGCCCAUUCCUGCCGGUAUAUCCUUCCUUUACGAAUCCGUACCUCCGUCGAACUCGAGACCCCGGGGGAUGACCAUCGCAGCACCAGGAGAGAGGGGUAGCACUAGACCUCGUACUGCCAAUGCAGUUAUUGGCCUGUCUGGACAAACCAAUUAUCCUUCCACCGCGCCGCUGCAAUUACGUCGAAAGGCUUCUGAUUCAUCUUACGGAAACCACACACCGUCCUCUGCAGCACCUUCUCCAUCGCCGGUGAUGUUCACCCGGUCUCGUUCGUCCACGGUGACCAGUAAUGACUCGCCAAUAUCGUCCGCUUCGGCUCAUCCUUUGGUCGUCGUCCGUAAAGCCUCAUUCCCCCGCGCGCAGCUGCCGCCGCUCAGCAGUGCACCGCCUUCAAGUGAAUUGCCCCCGCCUCCAUUAUCUCCAACUCUCUUCCCUCGUCCUACGGAUUCCAUUGACGAUCUGUCUUCCUUUCCUGAUCCGCCGUCGUCGAGGUCUAGUUUGAGCUUCGCUCCUAGUAUCGAUUUGAGUGGAGACAAUGCAACAUCAGACUCAAUUGCUCAGAUGAUGCGACAGACUCUUGGGUAUCCCCGGAGUGAUUCGAGCAAGAAGAGGCCUAUGGGCUAUAUAACCAGUCGCGCCACUACUAGUCCUACCGGAACCAUGCGUGAUGUUCCGUUGGAUUCGGCUUCGUUGUACUCGUUAAACAAAUCUCCACCACUCUCCGCUGUCAAGGGCCUCAGCAUGUCUUCAGAUUUUGCAGGAGACGGACAGCAUUCUGGCACUCCCAAGCUGUUGAAGAAAGUUGCGUCGAAGCAGAGCCUCCUGGGGAAGCGCGGCUCUGGCGCAAGCGUCUUGUCCUUCCCAUCCUCCAGUACGGCCUAUGACGAUGCUAGAAACGUAUGUAGUGUAUCUACAGGAAAGACUCCGCGAAAACAAAGAUCUUUUCAUCACCCGCGAUUACAUAUGCCCCCCAUCCCCGCCCUGCGACACGCCAACUCUUGUAAUGGUUCUCCUCCCGAUCAAUGCUCUCCGUAUCCGGCGUCCGUGUCCGGUGACUCGCAGCAGAACAGAAGUAGCAUCACGAGUUCUGGAACGCGAAAGCGCUUGUUCUCUGGAUCAAGUGUGCGCAGAAGUACGUCCUCGCAAGGACCAACCAGUCCUUCCAUCUCAGGUGAUGACGACAUGCGCUCCAUGUACAGUGACGACGAUGUUCGAGUGGCUGGACAGGAGAUCCUGAUGUCCUUUGGCGGCGUUGGAAACUCGUUUGCGCUUCUGACUAGUAACUCCUGUGUCGCGCCAUCGUCAUAUUGGAAUGAACACAGUAUGUACGAUUCUAACAAAGCGGUGCAUAGCGACGCAGCCGAGGGAGCUUCUCAAGCAGAAUAUGUCCCGCAGCAUAUCAUGGAUCCUGCUGAUAUGCUCAAGCUUGAACAGCAGCUCGAGGACGAGAAAAUCGCAAAACAACAGGAGCAGGAGCGCCAGGAACGACAGCCAUGGUUUGGACUCGAUGAUGGGCUGGAAGAUGCGCUAUUUGGCGGACGCAAGAGGUCGGAUACAAGAACACCUAAAGUGGGAUCAAAUGUAAGACUCUCAACCGCAUCCGCUGGCACAUUAGCAUUUGGGACUAGUGGUAGUGAGUUGGGUGAAGUCGCAUCAUCGACGCGGGCAGCACUCUCACCGUUGUUACCAUCGGGACGAGUGUCCGGGCCUAUCUCCCCAAGUAAGUCAAGAAACGGCCUUAGCCAAGCAUCGGGAUUGCCUCUUCGCAGCAAUUCAGUUUUGGCCAUGCAUUCCUCGAAACCUCUGUUAACAUUAAGACCGUCAACCGCGCAACCUAAUCUAGGCUCGCCUUCCAAACCCACUAUUCACUCCACCCAUUCCCCAGAGCAAACGCCCGUGAGUUUGCCUCCGCCUCCGCGCUCUCGAAGUGGACGCAAUCAGCAGCGUUCAACUCAGAGCGAGUCAACUAAACGCUCUAGCAUUGUUCCGCUACAUCCCCUCCCCCCUCCACCCUCGCGAAAUCGAAGCCACUUUCAGGCCAGUCGUUCUGAAGCUUCCCACGACCGUCCAUUCCAAAGUACUCGCCCGCCGAGCGCAUUUGACACGAAAGCUCUACAACGAAGGUCCAUUAUGCGGAAACCCUCAUUCUUGGAUAUAGAAGACGAAGUAGAUGCUGCGGCAGAACGUCUUGUGGACGUUGAUGUGGAUGGGUCGCUCUCAUCUCCGGAACUAGAGAGCAGUUUCUUAGAGAUGGGCGGGGGAAAGGAUUCAUUUGACACCAUCCGCAGUUCCGAUAGUUUGCCUUACCGUUAA